AUGAAGUGGAUCUACAUUGUUCUUGGUCUGGGAUCAGCUGGUUUGGUAAGUCCGAAAAUGAGAUUUUUUGAUAUAACUCAUCAAUUUUUGGCCUAUUUUUGAUCUGUCCUCUUCGGAUCGGUAAAAGUUCCUUAUUCUGGCCACAACUUAUAACUUUGCGGAAACUGGACAGAAUUAGCCCAAAUUUGGCUUGCAGGCUCAAUUCAUCGUUGUGGCCAGAAUAAGGAACUUUUCCCGGAUCUCAUGUUGUUUCUGUUUUAUGGAGCGUAUUUUACCCUUGCAUUUAACUGUUACAAUGGCGGACCUGAUCCAUUGGAAAAAAGCGUACCAUUUUGGAUCCGGGAAGUAUCAAAAAUGCAGCAAAAUACCUCCCUCUCCAAGCGAAAAAACUCCGAUUUUAAAAGCUCUUCUUGUAAGAGAAAGGGCAUGCCCUUCAAAACCGAGUUUUUUUAUUGUAGUGGGAGGUAUUUUGCCACAUUUUUGAUACUUCCGGGAUACAAAUUUGUACAUUUUUUGAUAAUGUAUCAGGUGCCUCACUCUACCGCCUUCUUAUAUACUGUAGGUUCUAUCCGAAACAAACGAAGAAAGAUACGAACGAGAGUUUGCUGAAAAGAUGGAAGCAAUGGCCGACAAACUGGCUCCUGAGGCAUUGGCUGAAACGAUGGUCAAUGUCAUGCAGGUCGGUGGAAUUAAGCUUCCCAAAGAUGAACUCACCGCCAAAUUCUUGGAGGAGUAUGAGAUGGUAAGUAAAUAUUUUUUCAGUUGAUAAUUAAAUACAGUACCAAAAUUUUCCAAAUAUUGUUUCAGUACUCAUCCAUCAGUCGCAAAUUCGAUUUGAAGAGACUUUUUGAUUUCAUCGUUAUAAACGUGACCAAGAUUCGUGAGGAGGAUCUGCUUGGUGAACCGGUACUUCGUGUGUCCCAUUUGCUUUCGGUGUUUCGGCACCAGUUGAGGGGAAAGAUCGGAACCACCGAGAUGACAAAGUUGGAUCGGGCCAUUGCGGUGCUUUCCUUCAUGUACUUUGUAAGUUUAGGAACUUCAUUUGUCCUCGGAGGAUCGGUUAUGCAUAUUAGGUUCCACUGUACAGUGCACGUCAAACUGAGAUAAGCUAAAACAGUCCGGUGAAUGGAUCGGCAAUUUGCCAAAAAAAGACGCGAAAAAACGUUUUGUCGGGGGAGAAAUGGGGAAUUUUUGGGGCGAGAGAGUACGUUUUUGCGUGCCUUUUUUCUCUCUUUCUCUGCGAAAUCAGGACGAAGUGUAAAAAACCGAUAGCGAAGAGUCUAUUCCGGUCACCGGACUCCUCAGCUUGACGUGCAGUGGGGAGCUGAUCCAGUGGCAAAAAAACGUAUCAUUUUGGGAACAAACUUCCUUUUUCUGGGCCCGGCGAAAAGAAGGUUUUGCAGCUUGCGUCCGAACAAUCCCGGUUGCAAGGAAUAUCAGGCUUAGGCAGGCUAGGCUUUGUUUAGGCUUAGCCUCAGGCUUAGUUUAGCGCUUAUCUUGUUUCCUAUUUUUAUUCGCUGCCUGCAGGGAAACCAGGGCGCAAGCUGCGAAGCGCCGGGCCAGAAAAAGGAAGUUCUUCUCCAUUUUGCAUCCGGAAAGUUUCAAAAAUGUGGCAAAAUGCUUCCACCUCCAAGUGAAAGAACUCCGAUUUCAAAAGCGCGGCCGCUCUUUUUGUGAGGGAAAGGGCGCGCCCUUCAAAACGAAGUUUUUCCGUUUGGAGAGGGAAGCAUUUUGCCACAUUUUUGAUACUUCCCAAAUGCAAAAUUAUACGUUUUUGCCAAUGGAUCAGAUUCCUCACUGUACAGAAACUCCGAUGUUUUUCAUCAAGUUGCCUCAAAACUCAUUAAGACUCGCUGAAGUUUGGCUGAAAUGUAAAAGCGGAAUUUUUCAGCAAACGUACUUUGUUACCAGGUACAGCACUCUCAACCGGCGCGCCGGCCUCGGACUCAGUUCAAACGAGAUCUUCGACAGACUACUUCACCUUAUCACCCAGACCUUCGAAAUUGGCCUAGCUAUUGGAUACAACCCCGUCAACGAGUACCACGCAUGGAUGAAAGCCCUUGGAGGCUUUGAUGCUAUACCAUUUGAAAGGGCAUUGGACGCCUAUUUGAAGGCCCUGAAUCAAUUGUUUUCGGCGUUGGAAACGCAUGGCGCAGCUGCUGAAGAUAUCGCGUUCUUGAGCGAGGAGUUUCAAACUGUGAAAAAAUUUCGCGACGAAAACCUCAGGAGAAAGAAAAGGAUGACCGUUUUUUAUGACUUGUAA